CUGCCGUCUCCUCUACUCAUUUUAUCGUCCAUAGCAUCAUCUUAAGUAUGUCCGAAAACAAAUACCUAAGCGCAUCCACACUAGAGAAGGAGGCUACACUGAACGACCGGAUGGCCAAGUUCAAGGCGUUGCAGAAACGGAAGCGGGAGAGCGAGAAGCUGAACCGCCAGGAGGUUUAUGCAGAACAUGCGAAACAAAAGGAGGAUUCCCAAAAAUUGAAGCGGUUGGAGGCAAAAAAGAUGAAAGCGGAAGAGGAGCUUGAAAAAAUCGAGGCCACCGAGCGAGGUGAAGACUACGACCGCAAGAAGAACCUCGAGUAUUCCAUUGAGGACUGCGAAAAGUGGGAAGCGGUGCAGCUGGAGCGGAGAAAAGGCACCUCUGGGGCCUCUCAGAACUAUGAGGCCAUUGCGGAUCGUGCCUACGAUAAGGACCUCAAAAACAUAGACGUCGUGGCUAACAUGACCGCGUACAAAGCGAGCAAGGAGCGGCUCUUGAGGUCCCACAAGGAACACACGAUAGACCACAUGGAUCUCACCGCGAAUAAGCCGGCCAAACAGCUAGUCAAGAAAUUGGUCGCGGACAUGGGCGACGCAGACGCCAGGCGGAUGAAGCGCAGGCGCAACAAGAACGAGGAGGAUGAUGUCCACAGUUACAUUAAUGACAAGAACAAGCACUUCAACAUGAAGUUGAAUCGAGAAGCAAAUGGUAGGUAAAAUAUGAAAAGGUUUUUUUUUUUAUUUCAUAAAGAUGAUUAUUUUGGAAAAAAAAAAAGCCUAAAUCAUUAUUCAGAGUGGGA